UUUAGGACUGAAACUUGCCACUACAGUGGCUUAAAAAUAUAUCCCGGUCACGGGAAGCGUAUGGUGCGUACCGACGGAAGGCUACAAAUUUUUCUCAAUUCAAAGUGUGAGCUAUCCAACAGGAUGAAACGAAAUCCUAGGGAAAUCAGAUGGACCGUCUUCUAUCGAAGGAAAAAUAAAAAGGGUGUCCAAUCAGAAGAAGUCAGCAAGAAGAAGACAAGGAAGGUGGAAAAAAUUUUCAGAGCCAUCGGUGCAACUCCUUUCGCAGAUAUUUUGGCAAAGAGGAACCAGAAACCGGAGGUUAGGAAAGCCAUACGGGAGCAAGCGAUAAAGUAA